AAGACUAGGAGCUCCAAUACAAACAAUUACUGUCAAUCAGCCUCGCUGGGGGGGAAGGCAAUUAUUAAAUCCAAUCAAUAAUCACAAACUUAAUACCGAUGACUAAAGUCACAACACGAGUGGAGGAAACCCGUUUCGAUCGUGCACCGACAGCACAUCAAAACAGUCUGAAACAUCAUACAAAUCUCUAGCUUUAUAUCUGUCCGAAGAAUAAGUGGUGCGAAAUCGCCAGAUCGAAAAUUCUCAGUUGCAAUGUUAGCGACCGGUUUAACUAGUUACGUAUUAGAUGUAUUGCACCUACUGCAAGAACACAAACUAAAUAAAUAUCGUAUUCGCAUCAGGGAUUUCAUUCAUUCGGUGUUUCUCAGCUAAUUGAAUUAGAAUGAUCAGAACCCACACGUGGCUGUUGGUGUUCGUACUGUUAAACUUAUAUAUCAAUCUUAAUCAUGGCGCAACCAAUGUGCUCUAUGAAUUCCACAUUAAGGAGGUGUACGGAGACCAAGAAGAAAAGGGCGAGCUCAAAGAUUCUUCAGAGGGUUCUGGCGAGAAACCCGAACUGAUCAUCACGGGCAAACGCACCUCUUCGUAUGUUUUACCCGGCAAGGAGAACAACUAUGUUUACGUGGAAACAGCCACAUAUGUGGCAGAUAACAGUGGCUACCGUGUCAAGUACAACAUUUCCUUGGACCCCCUGGAGAUUGACCCACGCCUUAGUGGACAAGCACUUAAAAGCACUGUCGGUUAGACAGCUUCUUACGUAUUACUUAGUGACUAAAACGUAGUUGUAGCAAAUACUAAAAUAUUUAUUUAAAAUCAGUGCAGAAGAAAAGUGACAAGUUAUCCUAGCGCCAUUGCAAAUAAUAAACGGAAACUUUGGAAACCAA